AUGUUUACUGCCUGCGAGGUGCAUAGCUACCAGGAAGCCAGAUCCAUUGGCUCGGAAGUCAUCGACGCUAGUGGACUGUUGGCUUGGCCGCUACAUCCUAUCCACCAUAUUGAACAUAUCGACAUGAAAUGGGAAACAACUUUCUUACUGCAGAAUGGCGGCGCCAAAAUCAUGCAGUCGUCAAUACAUUCAGCAUCCGACCCAGGUCAUCCCAAGGAGCGAACAUUUCACCACGAGCAAGACCUGGUCGCUACGACCGGUAGAACAGAUGAGACUUGCCGCUACGUAACUGACAAGGCUGCGAAUUUCUACCAAGUUGCACGUCGAAAGCUGCGUUCCCUCAAGAUUGGUACGGCCUUAGACCAAUAUCGCCCAACGAUCUCUCGUGUGUCGGUAUGCGAGUGGCAUCGCCAGUACUGGAAAGACGAACAUGAGCCCAUGGAAUGGCUAGUCCGGCGAUGCCUGAAAUUUUCUAGCCAUCAUUUUGGUCAGCAAUCGAUGGCUGUCGACAUUCGAAGCGCCUGUCAAAGAAGAAGAGAUAUUCGUUGCGUUCAUUUCGGAAGAAAGCCCUCUCCAGUCACCGUGAAACUAAUCUCUAAUGAAGCAGAUUUUGCUUUUCGAACGCACUCCUACAGAAAGAAAUUGGAUCUUGCCGAAACGCUUUACUCGGCUCUCGACAUCGCUGGUCUCUGGUUCAAAACAGUCUCACCACCGCACCGUAGGGAAAAGACCACUGCGCCAUUAUUACGCCAUGCGACUCCUUGCGCUGGUCACAUGCCCGAUAUCGAUGGGAUGAGGUCUUUCAAAAGUCCUGUCUGGUCUUUCCCAGUUCUACCGCGCAUCUUAGACGCUGGCUCUGAUUUUACAUCUGGGGGGGGUAUCCUUUAUUACAUGUGUGUGCCUAGCAGCGGGACAUGCGAACUUUGCGACGUAUGCAACCAUUGCGGAGACGACGGAUGUACACAAUGUCUAUGCCAGCCAGACGAAAGCUUCAACUUCGGGAUGAACAGUCCAUGCUGCGCAGGCCAUAGCUGUGUCCGAUGCUCGAACGGGAGUAGCCAGUGCGUCGAUGGAUCAGCGGCCGAUAAGUGCUACAUUGAUGGCGGUCAUUUAUAUAAUUCGUGGGAUACUGGAGUCGAUGCAAGUUUUUUGAGGUCUGCGCGCGACCAAGGCCAUAAGAAAAGCCAUAGCACAAGUAAUGUCCUCUUCGUAAGCAAAACAUUUGUUCUCACAAUCGACCAAAGAAUUUCAUUCUAUGAUAGUUUCAAAUAUGUUAUGAUCAAGUAUCCUGCCCUCACGAUGUACAUGCAAGUAUCGGCAAAUGAAUACAUUCGCAUACCACUUCUGAACGUAAGAGCAGCAUAUAGAACUAAGAUCUAUAGGCCUGAUUCGCCGAAAAGCUUGGUCACAAUCCCACACAACCAAUUUCGAGCCCUACAACUUCAAAAACACAAUAGAUGUAGUGCAGAAUUCCAAGUUUAUUCUACACGAAUAACCUUGGGCCGAACCCGCUUAUUACAAUGCCUUGACUACUCACAACACGGGGCCUCUUGCAGGUUGACCAUUCGGCCGCUGAUGAAAGUGGUGGAUUUCCAGAAGUAUAUCCAGGCUAAUUUUCAACUGACUCAUCUUCCGGCGGUGAUCAGAUGGGCAGAAUGUUAUGCUCUUUCAUCAUUUGACCCAAAUCGAUCAUUUAUUGAAGAUAAUCGACCAAGGAGAUGCAUUGGUCAGCUGAUACUUCCAGCGUCGACGUCUCUUGAGAGGUUAGGAUCCUUGCUUGAAGGACAGCUUGUACGAGAAAUCCAAACGGGCCAGAUUAGGAUCAAAGAGCGUAUACUUGACCAUGUACGCACGGGAGGCGCUUGCUUCACCUUCGGCAUUGCAUUCCUUGUGCAUCACCACAUGACGCCCAUUGUAACGGCCCCAAUUUUUCUCCUAGGACGGAAGCGAGAUUCCUAUACUCGCGACGAGCUAGUGGGAAUUGAGCUCUUGACAAGACACUGA